UCUUUGGUUGUCUUUCUCUCAUUAUCUUUGCAUGAAUUCAAGAUAAAAAAUAUUCGAAAUAUAUAUCAUGUUCCAUAACGCAGAAGAAAUCUAUAUAAAGCUGCAUUAUUUUGGACAAACAAAAAGUAAUGCCUCCCCCAAAAAUACAAAAUACGAGGCACAGAACGUGAUCACUCCUAUAAUAAGUCCUACUGCUGUAUGUCUGAAUAUUUUAGCUUGUUAAUAUAUUAAACAAAUGACUUUAAUAAAGAUAAACUUGAAGAUUAAACUGUAUAAUAACUGAGGAGGAAGGCGUGUGGUGGCAGUGGUGCUGGUGAUGGCGGCGGUGAGCCUGUACUCUGUGGUAGUGAACAAGAGGCGGGUGGAGGAGAUUACUACACAACUGGCAGAAGCAACAUUACGAAAUGCCGCCUAAUAAAGCCUCCAGGUCCAACAGGACGCUCAUAGACGAGUUCUGCACCAUCACAGGUGCUGACAAAUCACUUGCCACCAGUCUCUUAGAAGCAUGUGGAAACAAUUUAGAAAUGGCAAUCAACAUGCACAUGGAAGGCAUUCACGGUGCCUCUGCUUCAUCCAACUCUGACAGUGCGAUUGAUGGAGCAAGGGGAGCCUCUAGCAUGCCUGAUGAGGAGGAAGAGGUGCGAGCUCCCAUACCACAGAGGCAAGAAGUACUGGUAGAGGGGCCAGAUGAACUUGCCUUUACAUUUCGAGGGAGACGUAGAGUAGCACGAUCUGUUUUUGACAAAUUUCGUGACUUUGAAGCAGAAACAAAGCGUCAGGAAGAAGAGCUGCUAGCAGGUGCAGCAGCUAUCGAGGCGGCAGCAGCAGCAGCAGGGGCUUCCACGAGCAGCAGCACCGUUGUAUCUGCACAUCGUAACCGUCGGAAGAUGAAGACAUUGGAGGACCUCUUCAGACCCCCUAUUGAUCUCAUAUAUCGAGGCACAUUCCAGACUGCUCGUGAUGCAGGCGUGUCUAGGAAACGUUGGUUGAUGGUUAACGUUCAAGAUUCCAGCGAGUUCCCGUGUCAAGUCCUGAACCGCGAUGUUUGGUCCAAUACAGCAGUUAAAACCAUCGUUAAGGAACACUUCAUUUUUUGGCAGGUUUAUCAUGAUAGUGAAGAAGGUCAGCGAUACAUGAUGUUCUACCAAGUGUCGGAGUGGCCGCAUGUAGCAGUACUGGACCCGAGGACAGGAGAGUGUUUGAUCACGUGGCACAAGCUGGAUGCUGUUACAUUCUGUGACUUAGUCACAGAGUUUUUAGCUGCUCACCCGGGGUUGGAUGAGAGUACCCCACCUCCCAAGAAACCCAGAGUGGAAAUGAAUGACAGCAUCUUGGAGGCUGACGAGGCAUCCCAGAUAGAAGCCGCAAUUAAAGCCUCACUUGCUGAAGAUACGAGUAGUAAAUCCAGUCUUCCAACAACUGCUGACGAGGACGAGAAAGAAGACUCGGAUACGCUGGAGACAUUCGACUCUGACACUGACGAAGUCGAUUAUUCCGUCGAAGAUAAACUUGCAAAUAAGGAAACUACAAAGAGAACAUUCAAUGGUGAUAAAGUUUUACAUAAGAACAUCACUAGUGUGGACGAAGAUAAAAACAACGAGAGUAAUAAUGUACACGAUGAAGAAAAAUCAUCAGAUAAUGAAAACUUGAGCAGUAGCAGUGAAGAGGGAUGGAAAUCUUAUCUUGGCUCCCCAACUGAUCCAGAGUCUAAGUUGAUGCUGAGACUGCCAGAUGGUUCCAGAGAUAUUGUGUCCAUGCCAUCAUCAUCUAAACUAAUGGCUCUGGUGAAGUAUGUUGGCAGUAAAGGCUACAGCAAUGACCAAUACGAGUUGGUUACAAAUUUCCCCCGGCGUGAAGUUUCUUACUUGGACUUUAGUUUAACUUUAAAAGAAGCAGGGUUAUUUCCACAAGAGACAGUAUUUAUCCAGGCCAGAUAACCUAUGUGAAUUGGACUAUCCUCAACUUUCCAAGACUCUUAUAUACUGCCAUCGUUUAAGUAAGUGGGCCAUUCUCUAAAUUAGGGGGCCAAAUGGUGAUACUGUAUGUUUCAAAAUUUCCACAUGGUACUUUGUUGAAAUAUUUCACUCAAGAUGUUCAAUGAAUGAGCAUCAUUUUUUAAGAU